CCCAAACACAUAACAAAAGCAAACAUGAAUUGCAAGAGCUUAGCCCUAGCUAUUCUAAUUCUCUCCUUAAACUUAUUAUCAUGUGCCGAAAGUUGCUUCACUUGUGAUCAGCCUCACACCCCAAAUGUGCCAGUAAUUGGUGGUGGCGGCGAGGCCGGAAGUUCAUCGCCAUCGAGCGGUCGCCCUGCUCACUGCCCAAGAGAUGCCCUAAAACUUGGCAUAUGCGCCAAAGUCUUGAAUGGCCCGGUGAAUGCGAUUGUAGGAACCCCACCUUCGCACCCAUGUUGCAGUGUAAUUGCUGGCCUUCUUGAUUUAGAAGCAGCUGUUUGUCUAUGUACUGCUAUUAAGGCUAAUAUUCUUGGGCUUGACAUUAAUAUUCCUAUUGUUCUUAACCUUAUUGUUAAUGCUUGUGGGCAGAAUGCACCCUCUGAUUUCCAAUGUGAUUGAUUGAUUAUUUGGUUAAAUUGAAUGUUAAAAGUUGAUUAAUUAAGUAGCAACUUUUAAUUAAUUUAAUGGCACGUAGUAUUGAAAUGUUGU